AAGGCCUUGUCUGCAUGGCGAAUUUUAGUUUACUAAUCAAAUUAGAAAUUAAAUAUUUGUUUCUUCAGUAUAGACCUAUGUUUCUACUACCCAGAGUGUUUCUAGAGGAAUAGAGCAGUUAUGCCGAAGAAAGGAGGGAAGAAGGGAGGAGGUGGAAAGCAGAUGACGGAGGAGGAGAGACUGGUGUUCCUGCAGCAGAAGGCUCAGGCUGAAGAUGCCAGUGCCAAAAUCAAAGAAGAUGUGCUCACACAGUUCCUUAAGGAUAAACUGCAGAAGGAAGAGCGGAACAGCAAAAUGAACCUGCACAAGUUGAACCAGCAGUGGCGUUCGAACCUGCGCCAGACUCGAGCGGCAGAGCUGCGUGAAGAUUUCGCAAUACUCAGGCAAACUUUCGAGAGAGUUGUGGACUGCAAGAACAACGUCAUUAAGUUACUGGUGGGUGAUCUGAGUGAAGCGGAGCAGCAGUCAGCAGUGUCUCACAGGGCUCAUCUCCAGUGUGUGGAUCAUCUGCUGGAGGUACAGAAAAGCCGACUGGCAGCGCUAGACUCACACUGGAACACCAGUCUUGAGGAAGUCAGCACUGAGUACAGCAGAGAGAGGGAACACAUUUUGAAGCGGUAUCAGCAGGAGACUGAGUACUUGGAAGCAGCCACCGUUGCCUUAGAACAGCGCUAUGCUGGAAUAGACAGUGAGGCCAGACAGGACUAUCAGAGUUCUCGUGAUGACAUCAAAAACCGGAACAUUGAGGAGAAGCAUGCGCUGCGUAUCCAGAUGGAAGGCACAGUGGAGGAGUUGUGGCAGCAGUUUCAGCAUGAACAGGAGAAAUACACUGAAGCCACUAAGGAUCGACAGAUUGCUUUUGAUUCGCUCCGUUCCACAGACCAGCGAAAUGCUCAGGAAGCAGACCUGCAGAUGAGACACAUGCAGAAACUGCAGGAAACCAUCAAUGCUCUGCGCUCUGAUCUGAACGCCACUCAGCAGGAGAAUGAGGCAUUGGCACGUGGCCUUCGGAGAGAAUGUGAGGAAGUUACUGAAAAAGUCCAACAGCUCAGAGCUAAGCUCUGCUCUGCCCAGGAAGCUGAAAGAACACGGCUAGUUAAUCAGACUACGUACAGCGAUAACGCACGUAAAAAACUACAGGAUAUUAUAGGAGAGGGAGAGAGGUUGUUAAGUCUGGCUGAUAUAUGUCGCAAGCUUGAAACGGAGCAGGAGAAGGUGCUUCCCUUUUACACAUCAUCUGUAAAUGCUGAGGAACUGAGUCAGGAGAAAGAGCAUGCUAUGGAGGCGAUGUCUGAAGAACUUGGACAGAAAAUGAUGGACUAUUCGGAUCUAGAAAAGUUCUGGCAACGUUACAACAAAGUUCUACUGGAACGUUUGUGUUUAGAACGGGAGAAGAAGGUUCUAGGAGAGGAGAACCAGCAGCUGAGGAUUCUUCUCAAGCAAUACCUGGAUGGAAUCUCUGUUAGCGACGAGAUCCUACAGCAGCAGAACUCGCUGCUCAUGGUGUCCUGCUCAUCACUCCAAGCCUCUACAGCUUCAGAAACCCAAGCACACCCACGCAGGACAGUCAUAGAGGCAGCUCAUGUGGUGCAGCACACGCUGUAGAGAUGACACAUGUAAGCAGCACACAUGCCUAAGCACAACCUGUUGCUCCAAAGACAGAAUAAGUCAUGCAUCAUAGAUGCCAAAUCAUGUGAAUCAUUUUAAAGAGAAAACAGGCACAAUUCAAGGAAGUAACACACACGUAUAUGUUUUAACACAUUCUUAAACAAUACUUUGCAAUUAUAUUGUAUAUAUCUGACAUAAACAUGAUUAUAUUUUAUACCUGACUUUAUAAAAAAUACUCAGCAAGAAAUAAGAUAAAUAAGAUAAGUAAACUUCAUUUUCCCACCCUUAUUAUUGAUUAAUCUUUUGAUAAAUCUGUGAUACAAAAUAAACACGAUAAACAACAGAUAAACACCAAUGCAACUAGAAAGAUGCUACUCCAGACAUUUUUUUUCAAGAUUUUUCAAUUUUUUUUAUUUAAAUAGUUUAUUGUUCCUUUAAUGUCCUUUUUAUUUCUUCUUGCUCUUCUUGUCUUUGCUCUUCUUCUUGCCUUGAGGUUGUGCACUGGCCUUCUUGUAGAGGUAGAGACCCACCAGUCCCAGUAAAGUGGGAACUAGUGCCAGGCACACAAGAGGAAAGACGUCAUUCACCAGCUUCUGCCAGGGCGUCUGCUGCACCAAGGAGAUCACCUCCACCUCGAACUCCAGAGUGGAGUCACCUGCAGAGAGGGAAGUGAAAGAAUCUAGAUGAUGAGCAGUGACUUUAUUCCCUUGUUUAAGCUCAAAGCAGUUUGGACUCAUGGAAGCCACAGUUAAAGUAGUGCAGUGAAAUGCUGAUUAUCUAGAUGAACAUUAUCCUAUUAGUGCAGGUAUCCUCUUCUCCUGUUUUCUCCACCAACAACACACCAACUCAGUUCCAGAAAAUUCUAUUCAUCCUUUUUUUCUGCUUUUGCACCCAUCAUCUAAUGAAUUAUAGAGUAAAUUAUGAAAGCACUCUUUUUUGGUCAAUAGCGGCUCUCUACUGAUUUUGUGCCAUUAACACUCAUUUCCGUAUUGAGCAUAGUUCACAAUUAGUACAGUCUUUAGUCUACAGACUUCUCAUUCAUUCAUAUCCCCUAUAUCUUCUGCUACACAGUUGUCCCAUGGGGUGUGAUCUUCUCCUCAAACCCUCUCAUACAGAUCAUAACCCUGUUGUUACUGUUAGAAGUCAUUUCUCAAGUCCCUCGCAGCAUCGCACAUCUCUUAUGUCCCUCACUCGAUGGGAAAAGAUGCAGAAAUAUUACUCCAUGCCAAAUAAGUCAACAUGCUGACUAUGGUAAUGUACAGUAGAGUACAGAGUAAAGUAGAAAUGCUUUAUACACACUUUGGGAGCAUAUCUGGGAGUACUUCAUACUUUAAUACAUAUUUCAAACAUUAAUACUCUACAAGUAUUAAAGUUUGUCAACUUUUACUUCACUACAUUUUCAGAAGCAAAUACUGUAGUUUCAUUCAAUUUCCUGAGAACUUCAUCACUUACUGCAGCGUUAAUCCUUUAUUUAUUCAUGGCUGGUAAUCAUUUGAAUACUUGGCAUAAUGUUUGUUGCUCUCACUUCAAUAUAUGACUGAAUCAUUGUUUUACUGUAUUUAUCUGAGUGUACUCAAUUGUGUUUUGUGAUAAUAUCAUGUAAGUUAGACAAAGAUUGCAGUGUAUAUAGUAAAUGCAAAGGCAAAAUAUCUGUUCGCUAUCCUCUGAAUUCAGUCUGUCACAAUUUUCACACAUACUGUACACAUACACUGCUUCAGUCAGUGAGUUAUUGAUCUAAUUUAGAUAGCUGAUGGGACUAGUGCCCUCCAUGGUUAUCACUCAUGCUGUGUGAAUGGUGUGAGGCUCUCAUCCUCUCAGCCUUGAAUAUCUGGCAAACUUUGAAGUGUUUUUGUCCAAACCUAAGCAAACAUAAUAGGUCAUACCAUAGUAUGAACAAAGGCACCAUCCUGAUACAGACAAGAAAAGAGAUAUUGAUUCUUUCAAAAUGGAAUUUUUCUUCACAGGUGUAUUGAAAAAGCAAGAUUUUGACAAUAUAUAUAAAGCGAAAGAACGUGGUUUGAUCAGAGGGAUUUUUAAGUUCUUCUUAAAUGUUAAGUACAUAUAAUAUCAGUUAUUUUAAUAGUUUUAUUGUGUGUUACUUAAAUGUAUAUGUCAGUCAUUUAUCACUAAGGUAUUUUGCUUUUACUUAGUUUACUGUCCUUCUGAUUGAUCUCCAAAACAAAGUCCUAGCUCUCUGUUGCUAUGUAAUCUGUUACUAAAGAUUGAGCAGACAACAAAA